GUCAGUUGACCCAAUAUUAUCAGCUGAUGAGAAUAUUUUCUUCUUUUAAAGCUGAAGUUUUAAAGACAUUUUAUAGAAAGGCGGUAGUCAUCACUCUCCUGGAGCAGUCUAAAGCAUUAACGAUGUGUGAGUGGAUCGAAGAGUCGGACUCCGAGGGAAAUUACAUCAGAACAAAGAAAUAUGAAGGAAAACUGUAUGUCAGUCUUAUCCCCGGAAAUAUUAAGGAUCAUCUGGAGAAGAUAGACAGCAUGGAGGUACGAGAGGAUGACACUUUUAUACUCUCCUACCCAAAGUCAGGAACGCAUUGGGUGUUCACGAUUGCCAGUAUGCUCCGAACUGGUAAGUCUACUUACAUAGGAUCUCCACAGUUCCUUGAUUACAACGACGUAGAAGUCCUGGACAAGUUACCAUCGCCAAGGCUGUUUGCCUCUCACAUGACCUUUGACCGACUUCCCCGCCAGGUCAGAGAAGGAAAGGGAAAGGUGUUUGUUGUGUCAAGAAAUCCCAAAGACGUCGCUGUCUCUCUUUAUACUUUUCUCCUGAAAUUAAAUCAGGCGGAUUUUUCAGGAUCGUGGGAGGGAUUUCUCAGAUUUUAUAUGGAGGGCAAAAUGUUGUAUGGUUCCUGGUUCCAAACACUUUUUGACUGGGAGGAGACCGAGGCCACCUACAAAGGAGACAAUGUCAUGUAUUUGGUGUACGAAGACAUGAAACAGGAUCUCCUCUCAAAUGUCAAUAAGAUGGCGUCGUUUCUAGGCGUGACUUAUGACCAAUCAUUCCUGGAGGAGGUCACUGACAGAUGUACGUUUAAAACAAUGGUGAAAACAAUCAUAGACGAAAUCAAACCUCAAGAUCAGGAGUUUAUACACAGAAUGUCCGACGAAAAGAAAUUACCAAUCUACAGGAAAGGAGAGGUCGGAGAUUGGAAGAACCAUUUCACUGUGGCACAAAACGAAGUAUUCGACAAACUCUACCAGGAAAAAAUGCGAAACUCAAAAUGUAAAUUCAGAUUCGAGUGAAAGGAAAUAAUUUGUUACGAUCCAAGUAAUCGGGAAAAGUAUCGACGAAUACAAACAUAACUGUUUCAGAUGUUAACAUUUAGGGGAGCACAAUAUUUUAGAUAAAUAAAAAAGAAUGAUUUUAGAAAUUCGAAAGUGGCAAAAAAAAAUCCGGAAGCUGUUUGUUUUUCUUAUUUGCAUCCAUCUAGAUCCGAUAAGAUAUUUAAAUUAGAAUCGUGUGUAAUCCCCUAUCAGGAUCUGGUGGAGGGGACUUUUUGUAAUGUUUAUUUGUUUCGUGUUAUUUAUAUAAAUCGAAGCUGUGCUGUUUAAUGGCUUUAUUUCCACAAACCUCCGGAGAGGGUGAAAAACUUAAACAUAGCAAUACAAAAAUUGUCUCACUCAUACUGCAUACAAAUGUGAAAUGAAAUAGAAAUUCUUACACUGCAUCAUGAUUAUUGAAAUAAAAUGAAAUUAAUAAAAAAAUGUUUCCGGGUCUGUUAUAACUUCCAAUAAAUUCAAGCAUACAUGUUUAGAACAAUGUAAUAUAAAAUGUCACCACAUUAUUACAUUGCAGUGUUUCAUACCACAAUUAACCUUCCUUUUUACAUUUGAAAGGAAAUUAAAACAUACUAAUUAGCAUGGCAAUAAUCAGAAACAAACAAGGAUUGCCUUCAGCCUCAGCCUCAAACUUAGUCCUUAUUAUUCUGACGUUUUAUCGACUGUUUUUAUAUCGUUCUGGCAUCGAUUAACGUCAGAACUCCGGCCCCCUAUAACAUGCGGGAAAUAAGGGUCGCUCUUCAAACUGAUAUUUAAGAAACAAAUCGUCACUUUCAC